AGACUCAGAGGACAGGGAGCCAUCCGCGCGGGGGGAUCAGACCCGGUGGGAGUGGGCUUAGGGACUCAACGCAGAUACUGGUAUUGAGAGGGAUCGCAUCACGUGGCAGGCGCGACUGGAGAUGAUCCGGCGCAGGGAUCCAGAUUAGAAAGAUUGGGAAGAGGCGGGAGGUUCCUGCCGGGGGCGGGGGGGGGGCGGUCCCUCGGUGGGUUCAGGUGCCGCAAAUUUCCGACUUGCGGGUGGCGUGAUCUCAGGCUCGCUACAGGGUCAGGAUGAGACCAGAACAGGCGAACCGGGGAAAGGUGUCAAAUCAUGUAAUUCACCCUGAACAGAGGCUGUGUCAGGCUAAGAGCUGCUCUGAGGAGGCCAGAGAGGCAAUCCAGGUUCUUAAUGGAGGAGGGGAGGCGGGGAAGAUGACUUUUUCUAUUGUCCCCGAGACAGGCAACGACCCAAGGUCUCCAGUAACCAACAUACAGCAUCUCACUUGGAACAGCGGGGCUUGGCUUCUUCUAUGUCAGGAUUUGGGGUCAAAAGAUCAAGAGAUGGUGAAUUGGAGACCAGUCUAAACAUCCAGGGUUGUACCACAGAAGGAGACCUGCUCUUUGCUCAGAAGUGUAAGGAGCUCCAAGGAUUCAUACCCCCUCUCACAGACCUACUGAAUGGGCUGAGAAUGGGUCGAUUUGAGAGAGGAUUGAGCAGUUUCCAGCAGAGCGUGGCAAUGGACAGGAUCCAGCGUAUCGUAGGUGUUUUGCAGAAGCCACAGAUGGGAGAGCGUUAUCUAGGAACACUGCUACAAGUAGAAGGAAUGUUAAAGACUUGGUUUCCUCAUAUAGCUGCCCAGAAGUCAUCAUUGGGUAGUCAGCUGACCAAGCAUUUUCCAAGCCACCACAGUUAUCCAGCUGCUUCCUCUCCUGCACCCUCUGUGGAAAAGAUGGACCAGACACAGCUAGGACAGCUAGUAUUGAAACCAAAGCAGCCAUGGCACCUCACUGAAUGGCCAGCUAUGAACCUCACUUGGAUCCACACUACUCCAAUUUGCAAUCCCCCUCUCAGUUCCCCAGGUACCAUCUCCUUUAGCCAUGGUCCUUUAGGCACUGGAACCAGCAUUGGUGUCAUCCUUUUCCUCCAGCAUGGAGUGCAGCCCUUCACUCACUCAGCCCCACCCACUCCAGUUUCAUCUACUACAGCAUCUCCUGUCAUCCCUGGUGAUGCUAAGAAACCAUCUGGAGAGGGGCCUUGUUGCCACAAUUUGCCGGUAACUCUGCCAUCAGACUGGAGCUGUACCCCAUCCCCUCCUGGUCUACCCACCAUGACCAGAGAGAUGACCAUGGGACACCUAGAACAGAUGAGAAGCCAUCUUCCAGUUGCUCCUGAUGUCCAUCCUCUCAACCCCUAAUCCAGGACUUGAGACUGUAGUUUCUAAUUUGUGUAAAUAUAUGUCUCUCUCU